GGCUGCUUAUUUCCUAUUAAAAGAUGUAGAAAUUACUGAAAAAUAAAUUACAAUUGGAUUUUUAAGCUCCACCACAACUACCACCAGCAGGGGGAGGAGUCAGCAGGGUGAGAGAUGCUGUCAGGUUGCCGUGGUUUCAGCCUCCUGUUUCUUGUGGUUACCGUCACCGGGGAUGGGUGUGUGUGUGUGUGGCUGCAGGGUGUGAAUGUGUGUGCGUGAACCGUGACUCUUACAGCUGUGACCAUAUAUGACGGGAGGACAGAAGGAAGGAAGAGAAGGAAGAGGAGAGGAAGAGAGGGAGGACAGGAGGAAGGAGGUGGAUGUGGAUUAAUGUUGCUGCAGACAAGAAUCAAAGCGAGUCAUCGUUUCCUCUGCGCUGCAGAGAUCUGCGAGAACGAAAGGAAGCUUCAUCAUUCUAUCCUUAUUUCUGGGAGGACUGAAGGGUGAAGGAGGCACGUAAAGGAGGAUUAAAGGAAUCACUGAAGGUCGAGAGGCAGCAGUGAAAGGAGGAUUUAGGAGACACUGAAGGAGACAGUGAAGGAAGGAUGGAGGGGGUUUGAGUCCUUGCAGAUCCUCCGUCAUGACGUCUCAGGAAGAUGCAUCUUCCUUCAGGAGGUUUUUUCAGUACGUGGAAGACAGUGGACUUCGUACCUAUGACGGUUUGGUGAUCCAAAACGCCUCCGAUAUCGCAAGAGAGAGUGACCGGAUUCGUAACCAGACCAACUGGGCCUACCUGCAGGAAAAGCACCAAAAGAAGAGACGGCAGGAAGAAGCAAUCAAGAGGACUGAUGAAGAUGGUGCCAUGGCAAAAGAUGGGGCAUACUCUGGGAAACAUUUCAGGAUGGGUUUCAUGACGAUGCCAGCACCACAGGACCGACUGCCCACUCCCAGUCAGGGCUUCACUGUCCGAUCCCAGUCUCUCCACUCUGUGGGUGGAGGAGACGACGACUCCAACCAGAACCGAAAACAACCCCCACCUAAACCCAAGAGAGACCCCAGCACCAAACUAAGUAGCAGCUCUGAGACAGUGAACGGGGGGUCCGGAGUGACCAGGAGAGAAUACCCAGAGACCAAAGAGACAGUGGAGCAGGCAGAGGCUCGAUGCCACCUUUACCCCGAGGACUACAAGAAGAUGCCUCCACCUAAACCGAAGAGGAACCCAAACACUCAGCUCAGCACCUCCUUUGAUGAGUCCUACAUUUGUAACCAUGGCGACAGGAAGUCUUCUUUGCAGUGGAACAAAUCUUCAUCCCAGAGUCAGAGUCCAGCAUCCAGAGACACAGAUGACGAGGAGCCGGUCUAUAUUGAGAUGGUGGGAAACAUCCUGCGAGAGCUGAAAGGUCAGGAAGCUGUGGAGGAUGAGCAGAGCGAGUCAGUGUAUGAGGAGAUGAAGUAUCCAAUGUUGGAAGACUUCCUGCAGGACCCCCACUCCACCAUCGUGGAUCCUGAAGCCUGGUCAUCCCAUGGAUCCCUCUCUGACAUUCCUCCACCUUUUCCCAAUCUCCUGACUCACCGCCCGCCACUGCUCGUCUUUCCCCUUGGUCCUGCUCAGUGCUCCCCCAACUCUGAUGAGUCCCCCCUCACUCCCUUAGAUGUCACCCGGCUACCCAUGUUAGAAAACUCCUCCUACAGCAAGUCAGGUGGUGUUGAACACACACAAAGCUCCACCCACCACCACAAAGAAUGGGGCAGAGAUCGGGAUUGGGACAGAGAUCAAGACGAUGAUCUCUCUUCUACCCACACCAUCACAUCCUCCGGUCGCUCAUCAGCUCCACCUCUCCCGUCCAAUCUCUACAAGUCAUCUGGCUCUGCCCACAGUGGUCAUGGUUACCCCCGCAGCCAAUCAGCAUGUCCGUCACCAGUAAACAUGGGUCGCUCUCUGACACCUCUGAACCUGAAGAGGCCACCACCAUAUGACGCUCUGAUGGCUGGAGGAAGUAUGCCUUGCUCUUCAUCUUCAUCGUCAUCAUCCUCACACAGGGCAGCAGAGGGCAGGGCCAAACUCAGUAACUCUGCCUCCACCCAUGGCUCCAUGCAGAACGUCUCAAUGAGGUCACAGACUCCAACAAGUCCAGUGGAUGAACUCAACAUUCUGUUUACCUCAGGGAAACAGGUGAUAAAGAGAGGCUCAGGAAGCAGGAAGGGCAGAGAGGGUGAAGACUCAAAGACUUUUUGCAAACUUGGCCGUUCAGUGUCAACAUCAGGAGUUCCUUUGCCUGGUGGGACACCACCACGUCACCUGCAUGAGAUGAAUCACCCUGCCCUCAGCCAGAUGCCGUGGCUCUGUGAAGAUGCCACCAUGAUGGAGAUGAUUGAGAAGAAAAGAGUUUUGUGUGGAGAGAUCAAAGCUCACCAGCGGCCAGAGAAGAACCUGUGUAAACAGGACAGUAUGCCCAUCCUGCCCAGCUGGAAACGGAAACAGCCACCACCAUAUUCGGCCCCGCCCAUCGCCACCGGACAGACUACCACGGUGUUCUGGGACACCGCCAUCUGAAGCAAGACAGCAAUGAUGAUGAAGCAGCCACCAGGCCAAGUCAACCACACUGAUUAAAGAAAACCGUGUAUGGCCAAUUGAUCCUCUGACUGUUUCCAGUUGUCAGUUGGCUUUAGAGUCAGCAAAGUUUAAUCCAAGGCAGAAAAUCGCCAUUAUCUCCCUAUGUUAACACUGACAGCUGUCAGCAUUUCCACAUUCACAAAAAUUAAAUGGAACUGUUAAAAUACAUUGACAACAGCAGAGUGAAUUUCACUUUUUAAAUUUAAACUCUCGAGCCUCAUUCAGCAUCUCUGCUUCUUGACAUCUCAAAUCCUCACUGACACAUGGUGUCACGAAUCAAGUCUGAACUGAAACAAAGACAGAAACAAAUCAAGAAAAAACUCAAAGAGAAACAAAGAAAUGCAAGAAAUAUCAAUUCACAAACGGUUACCAGUUAAAUCUUCCAUAAAACAUUUACAUUUAAAACUGCCCACUAAUCAGUGAAUGCACUAAUCAUAAAAAAUGAAGGUGACAUUAAGGAAUUUUGUCUUUGAAAAAUAAACUUUAUGAACAGUUUUAUACACAUUACAUAUGCUGUCACAUAACCUGAAAGCUGAGGAAAAAAACUGCACAGCUGAACCGUUUGAUUUUCUUAUUUUCAACUAUUUCAAGUUCUGAGUCUGAAGAAUGUUUUUAUUCAUGGUUUCACAAAAAUCACCAAAAUCUUUCAUCAAUCCACAGAAACUGGUGCAGGUAGCACCCUGCUGCCCAAUCAGAGUACGGAGAGGUGUGGCCAUACAGGUGUAGCAGGUGUUGUCUUUCUAUUCUUUUUUUUUGAGACCAAUGUAAAAGGGUUUUUAAGUCAAAGUUGUGUAGCAGAACGAUUAAAAAAAAUUAUAAAUUCUUCUGUGUGGGGAAAAAAAACUAACCUGAAUCCAUUGUAGUGUUUUUAUAUUUAAAAAGAAUCUGUCACACUCAUCUGUGUGAUGUUUUUGUAUCAAACCUUUUGUUAUGACGAAAAAGGCACUACUUUAAAGGGAGAAUAUUCCAGUGUGUUGUUCAUUGGUUUGGUCUCACCCACCGUGUCUGAAGCAGACUGGACUCCAGUUUGUCCCCAGAUUAGACCAAGCUCUUUAAAGUGGAACAAAUGUUAAAUGAACCUGUCACUCAACAGAUGCAGAUCCAAAUUUAUACAUUUAGUUUACUAAAACUAGAUAUUUAACUAACUCAGCUGGUUUUCUGUUUUAACGACAGACAUAACUUUGAACACAUUAUUUAACUUUAGUGCCAUUAAUUCAGUUUCUAAAGCAGCAGAAAAACUAGUUUUAAGAUAAACCACAUUACAAUGAUUCACAGUGUAGAAUUCAGAUCAGAUGUUUACAGCUCAGUGUGAAUGAGCUCACCUGAUUUUAACCUGACGGGCAUAUGACAGCCUGUAUUUUUGAGGCAGUGGAUGAAUGACAUCUGCAGAAUGAAACCUGAAGAAUGCGAUUUAUGGAUUUACUGACAGGCUGAUUGAUUAGCAUAAUGUCAAAAUGUGUGACUGAGGCAAAGCAUUCUGGGAUUUGAUGAUGAAACCCCUGUGAUUAAUGUAAAUCAACCUGAACCUACACACGGAAUGAGUUUAACACGCUGUGAUCAAUACACAGUCUGCAAAAAAGUCAAUCAUUUCGUUUCUUUGUCUCAUUAAAUGACAUUUCAGAUAUUUAGUUUAAAAAGCCUUUUUCUGAUCACAUUUAUUCUGCAGACUGAUUAUGACUGAUUGUUAUUUCAGUGUGCAAUGAUGAUCGUUGUGGAUUAAUCGCUGACCGGUACCAGGACACUACUGUAGAAAAGGUUUUUAAUCUCAAUGAAAUGUGCACGUAAAUGUUAAAUUUGAAAAACAAUGUCUCAUUAUGAAUCUCCAGAGAUGAACAUUCUACACAAAGUAAAACCACCAGUUUUUCCUGUCUUUAACAGUUUCCCUGAGUUUGAAUCUGCCCCCUGGCAUGCGAUUACGUUCACCUGUUUAACAUGGAAACGUCUCAAACAUGACAACUGAGGUGGUAACGACGCCAUCAGCUCAACAAAACAUUAUGAAUAAGCCUUUAUAUUCAGUCUGAAAUUCAAUAAUUACAGAUGAAAUGACUGGAGAGCAGAUGAUCGCAGAGCAAAUGACUGCAGAUUGACAAGACAGCCCAUCACACUGCAGGGUGAUCCAAACAUGGUGUAUCCAGGCUGCUGUUCAUUUUUAAUACUUUCAUCAUUAACACGAUGAUCUUUGUGAUGUGAUGUCUAUUAGGAAACAUUUAAACUGUCAAUAUUUGAUCAGUUUGUCAUCGUCCUCCUCUCAUCUUCAUCUCCGCUGAUUGAACUAUUUUCAGGUUGAUGACAUUCAUACAGCCAGGUCUACAGGAAGCAUCUCAUCUUCACCUUCAGCUUUUGUCCACAGGUUCUUCGCUUUAUCUGCAGCCGGGUGUAAAUAUGUUGUGUUUGCAUUAUGAGCAACAGACAAAUGAGUUUAGGGUUUAAUCACUAAGUCUUUGAGUCUUUAUUUUUACUGAUUCUGUCGGGGGGAUCAGUAUUGCGACUGUUUUCAUCUUUAUGGUACAUGACAGAAAUAAAUUUUUUACUGAACUGUUUGU